AAUAAGAGAAUACCCCUCGAGCAGACAAGUCGAUUCUCGAUUCGCCGCCGCGGCAACUUAGAUAAUAAAAAUAAUUUCUUUAAAUUAAAUUAAUUAAACUAAAUAAAUUAAUCUACCAACAGUCCAAUAUGAAAGCCACUAAACUGCCCAACUUUACUACGCUUGUGUCUGUGUGUGUUCGCAAUUCGCAAACAAAUAAUUAAUCAACAACAAAAAGACAAAAAAAACAUGAAUUCCAAUUCACUCAGUCAAAGUGACGAAGAAAAAUUUUUAUCGAAAUUGAAAAUUUUUACUUGGCGAUAAAUAAAUACAAACAAAAAACACAAAAACCCACUGCAUUUUUGUAAGUUUUUCGUGUUUUCGUCAGCAGUGAAUUUUAUGUGCAAAUCAAUUUCGACGAGAAUUUGCAAGAAGUUUUGAAUCAUCAUCGCCUCGACGAAGUUUUACUGUAAAAACUGAAAAAGUUUUGUUAAAAUCGAAGAAAAGUGACGUCAUUGUUAUAAAGAAUUCUAUGAUUUUUCCAAUCGCUUUCUGAAAACAAAAACAAAGUGAAAUAAUUUGUUAUUUUCUUAUGAAUAAAAUAAAACAAAAUAUCAAAACAAAUAUUUGUAGAAAUUGUUUAAAAGAUUGCUGACGAAAAAAAACCUCCCGAGGGGGUGGAGAGACAUAGAAUCGCGCAAAGAAAUUUUGCAACAUCGUCUUUCGUUGUCAUUGUCGUUCUCGUUCUCGUCGUCGUAGUCUGCUCGUCCGUUUUUCGUUCCAUCUCAAGGUUAACGCAUAGAAGAAGAGUGUCUUUUUGCUCUUCUUCUUUUGACCAAUCAAUCCCGUUUUUCCUCUCAGCGUUUGUUGUGCAAAAAGUAGAAAACAACAAAAAGACAACAUCAAAGCAAAAUUAGCAAAAGAUUCGCUUUUGUUUUGAUUGUUUUUGGUGUUUUUUCGGGACUUCGGUGUUGUGUUUCUUGAUUUCGUCGUAGGUACUCGAGAUCGGGAUUGUGGUGGCUCAGACUUUUUUCUUCCAUGGAGUUUUCUUUGUGUCUCUUAAAGUAAAUUGUUGCCAGUUAAUCCGUGACGAGAGAAAGAAUAAAGUGUUUUUCUUUGUGAAGAAUCCUUCGAGUGCUUUGUCUUUUAUUGCUCCAAAAAAUUCGGUGUAUCAAGUGUUAAACUCCAACACCACCUGUGCUGUGCUGUGUUUUGUGUCACUCAAUUGUUCGGUUCGUCGUUUCCUUUUUGCCUUGUCUCCUUUAUUGCGCAAAAAAAAGUCCAUCCACACCUUGUUCAAUUAGAUUAUAAGUAGACAACAAUAAGAAUACCAACUGACCUUAGAACAGGAGCCCAUCUACCGAGUGAGCGGCGCGGCGGCAGCCCGAGGUAACAACAACCAAGCCCCAAACCACCACCCCCAUUAUAGUCAUGGGAAGUGUUUGGAAGCGAUUGCAACGUGUGAACAAACGUGCGGCAAAGUUCCAGUUUACUUCAUCCUACCAUGAGUUACGUGUCGAGACCACCGCUAAGUGGAGACCGUCAAAUUUAUCUGUUGUAUGGACAAGACGAUCGAGACGUGUUGCAUCGGCACCGCUGCCUUGGGAACCGGACAUGGUUAAUCCACUUGUAGGCCAUAUAUCAUGGCCGGUUCCUGAUAAUCAUUCAAUUUCUGUGACAUUGUUUAAAGAUCCAAGGACACACGAAUUGGAGGAUAAAGAUUGGACGUUUGUUAUUGAAGAUAUAACUCAGCUGGGGAAGAAACGCGUUCUAGCAUCGGCCAGCAUAAAUAUGCGAAAAUAUGCUAGUGUCGAAUCAACUCAACAAAGUGUCACACUAUCGUUGAAGCCAGUGUCGCGUAAAAUCACUUCCGCCGAACUUGAAUUGACAAUAAGCUGUGUGUUCCUGCGCGAAGGCAAAGCCACAGAUGAAGACAUGCAAAGCGUUGUCUCACUUAUGUCUGUGAAUAAUAAUUGUGAUGUAGCUCCAUUGGACGAUUUGGAAGAUAUUCCUGAUUUAGAGAGUUCUGGUGAAAUAUCUGAACAUUUGUUCGAUUUUACUCAACAAUUGGAACAACUUACGUCCAGUUUAAAUGGUUGCAUUGAUCUUGCGACGCCAAUGAGUGUUCCUUCAUUAUCUGAAGAUCCAACUCCAUUAGCUGAAGCGACCCGCCUAUAUUUCGAACACGAUGCUGACAAACAAAGUACCGAUGAUGAUAUGCAGCAAACGCCUAGUGCUGCCAUGUCACCUCCGCGAAAUUCUGUAACAGAAGUUCCUACAGCAAAACCAACCCAGCAACAACAACAGCAACAGCAUCAGCAAGCGCCAUUAGUUACAGCCACUGAUUCCAGCCAAGAAUUAUCACCACCAACAGCAGCAGUGGGCUCAGUAAAACCAACAUCACAGCAGCAACAAAAGCCAAAAACAACAACCACUACAACAACCGCGACAGAUCAACCGCCGAAAAGUAGAUCUAUCUUUGCUGCACCAACGAUAACGAGUUCAGCAUCCAAGAAGCCCUUGGCUGAUUCUGCAGAUCGUAAAUCAAACUCAAUAUUCAAAGUUGAGAAAUUGCGGAAGGUAGAAAUCGAUAAACUACAACCAGCAUCUAAAUUAGUUGCUCCAGCAUCACCUGCAAUAAUCGAAACGAAAUCCAAGGACGAUGAAUCACAGCAGGUGAAGCCCAAAGAAGAGAUCAAGAUCAAUAUUAUUGCUAGUGAAAAGGAAAAGGACAAUGACAAGGAGAAAGCCAAGGAUAAGGAAAAAGAUACCUCGUCAACACCAAUAGUCACGGCCUUCACAGAAAAAUCAAAGAAAAUCGAAGACCAACAACAACCUGUGGCAAUCGAUGAUUCAACUCAGGCUAACAAUCGAACAGAAAUAAAACGCCCUGAGUUACAACCAUUGAAUUUAAAGAAGAGCUACGAGAAUGGUACUACUGCUACAACCAAUACCACCACGGCUACGACAAAUAAUAAAACUGUUGAGAAAAUUAUUCUCAAGGAGAACACACCUGGACAGGAUCUACUUGAAUGGUGCAAAGAGGUGACUAAGGACUAUUCAAAUGUUAAGGUUACAAACUUGACGACAAGCUGGCGUAAUGGCAUUGCCUUUUGUGCAAUAAUUCAUCAUUUUGAACCACAUUUGAUUGAUAUGUCCAAACUCUCUCCCCAUGAUGUAGUCGGCAACUGUCGAAUGGCGUUCGAUGCUGCCGAAUCAUUGGGUAUUCCCCGUGUAAUUGAGCCUCGCGACAUGAGCAUGUUGGCCGUUCCAGAUAAAUUGGCUGUUAUGACGUACCUUCAUCAAUUGAGAGCUCAUUUUACUGGAAAACAAUUGCACAUUGAACAAAUUGGUUCGACUUGUGAUGAAUCGAGCUAUGUCAUUGGCAAUUAUAAAUCUGAUAAUUUAUCAAAGAACUUACUCAAUUUAAGCCAUUUAAAGUCACACCUUAUGCAUCAAGGUUCUCAGGAUGAUGAAAACGAUAAACCUCCAUUGUCACCGACAUCGAAAAAAGACGUCAAGAAUUUAAUAUUUUCUGGUUCCAAGAAUCUACUUGGAAAAGUUUUAUCACCUGCCAAAGAUAGGAAUUCUAUAAAUUCGCUUCAACAACAUAAUAACAAUUCAUCAGUUGGAGUUUUGAAUAACAAUAGUACUAGUACACCAAAUGGUGGUGGGAACAGAGAUAAACCAGCUCUAAUGACGCGUCGUGAACUUACCGAUCCAUUUGGUAGCGACGAGGAAGACGAAGUUGAAAAGACUAAUAAACAACAGAAAGACGAAAAUAAUGAAAGUCAAAACACGAAUACGAAUAUGUCGUCGACGACGACAACCACAACAACAACGCAGGGUACCACUGUUACCACCGCUUUGGAUCCAAAUACAGCAAAUAAACUUUUAUCUCGACAUAAGGAAAUGAGUGAGAAAGCUAAGCUCAUGAUUGAAAGAUUGAAAGUAACAACCCGUGAAAAUGGCAAGAAUGACACCAACGAUGAACGACAACAACGUUUGCUGGAACAUGCUCGUCGUCUUAUAGCCGAGACACGUUCGAAAACAGUCAAUGGCGAAAGUCCGACAACACCCACGAAACGUAUUACUAUAUCGCCAACAUCUUCGCCGGUGCGUAUCAAGGAUGAAUUUUUGUUCUGUCAAAACGGUGGCAGUGGGGCUGGUUCCCCAAAAGCACCACUAUCGCCAACAAAGAAAAUCACACCUCCCCGGGACAUAUUCAAGUCAUCGGAGGAUAGCAGCUAUAAGCUGAGCCCUAGUCAUAGAUUAAGCGAACGAAAUGGUAAUAGUCCGUUGCAAUCGUUCAACUCGGUCCUCGAUAGGAUCUCACCAAAAAGUGAAAAGAGAGUUGAUAAACUUUCUUAUAUCGAAUCGGAAUUGGAAGCGCUGGAACGCGAACAAGAAGCCAUCGAUCAAAAAGCCAGCAAUUUGGAGAAGAAACUGCGUGCAGUCAUGGGUGGUAAUCCAAGUAAUGAAAAUGCAUUUCUUAAAUUUUUACGUCGUCCUAGUGGUGGUAGUAUUAGAAUAAGACUUAACGAAUAUGACAUAAGUGACGAUGAUCUUUCCGAUGAUGAAUGUAAAAGUGACAACGAUGAAAAUUACGAAAAUGAAAAAGAAAACAAACGUAAUAGUUUUGAUUUCAAUCGAAAUUCAUCACGUUCAUUUUUUAAUAGUUGUGAUAAUCUAAAAGUUAGUGAUAUAGGAAUUGGUAACAAAUCAAAACGACGACGCUCAAGAAGUCGCAGCACAUGCGAUACGGAAGAAACUGAAGAACAACUUUUGUCGCAGUGGUUUACUUUAGUAAAUAAGAAAAACGCCUUACUUAGGCGGCAAAUGCAACUUAAUAUUCUGGAGCAAGAAAGUGACUUAGAACUUAAGUAUGCCCUUCUUAAUCAAGAGCUGCGAGCAGCUCAAUCUGUUGAAGAUUGGCGUAAAUCUGAAGCACAACGUGAAAAAGAAAGACUAUUGCUUGAAGAAUUGGUGGCUAUUGUUGAUAAACGUGAUCAAUUGGUGCAACGUCUUCAUAAUCAGGAAAUUGCAAUCGAAGAUGAUCAUGAAAUUGAACGUGACCUGGAGCAAGUGGACAUCAGUGGUGGCAAAGAAAAGUGUGUGAUCCAAUAAAAUAUUAUAUGUUUUAACAAUCCAAACCACUCACGACUGCAAGGAACUACGUAUAUACUUAUAUGGAAAUUUUAUUUCUGCUUUCAUUUUCUACUUCUCUUUAAAAUUCUUUUGUAAAGAACAAACAAACAAAAUAGUUUUAUUAAUAAUAAAUUAAAAUGACAAUGAGUUAACAAUGUGAAGGUUAUAAACCUUCAUCAAGCUUUGAACAAAAAACCAGACAAAAUCAGCGAAUUUUAAGCACAAUACUGAUCAUUAUCUAACUUCAAAUUCCUAUAAAAUAAAACCAUAACCAAAAGAAAAAACUAAAUUUUCAUUUUGUUUUUGAUAAAUACUUUUCUUUAUACAUUUAAAUGUGAGUUAUGUGUAACUUUCAUAAAUAAAUAAAAUAUUAAAAUGAGGGAUUGAAAAAUGAAAUGGUAUGAAUAUAGUUUGGAAGAAUAAAUAAAUGAAAUGAUAAUAGAAAGAAAAAAAA